GCGCGGCGAUGGGGGUCCGCGGGCUGGAGGCGGCGGUGGAGCUGGCGCCGGGGGAGGCCUGCGAGAGCAGUACGGAGAGAGGGCAUGCAGAUGGUCAGCCUGUGGUGAUUCUUUUAGGAUGGGCAGGCUGCCAGGACAAAUACUUGGCCAAAUACAGCGCAAUCUACAGUCAGAAGGGGUGCACCGUCAUCCGCUAUACGGCUCCAUGGAGGAUGAUAUUCUUCUCUGAGACCUUUGGCAUCAGAUCUCUCCAGACCCCAGCCAGGCGACUACUGGAGCUGCUCUUUGACUAUAGCAUUGAAAACAGACCGGUUCUUUUCCAUGUUUUUAGCAACGGUGGUGUCAUGCUGUACCGUUACAUCAUUGAGGCGCUCCACACUCACAAGCCAUUUAAGAACCUCAAAGUAGCAGGCACCAUUUUUGAUAGUGCCCCUGGCAGAAGAAACUUGAGAGGAGGCCUUCGUGCCUUGGCAACUGUCUUGGUAUCCACGAAUGUGCUGCUCAAGUAUUUCCUCUUACUUGCUUUUGCUACUACAGCGGUCGUGCUGCGGAUCUUGCUGUACCCGUUGACCCGCUUCAUCCACGAGAGCCAUUACGAUGCCCUGCUGAAAGCACCCUCGCGGUGGCCUGAGCUUUACCUCUAUUCCCAGGCUGAUGCCAUCAUCAAGGCCAGCGACGUUAAGCACAUGGCUGAUGCCCGGCAGCAGCUCAAUGUCUCUGUGAAAGCUGUAGACUUCUCGGAUUCGGCUCAUGUCAGCCACAUGCGGGUGUAUCCCACCUAUUACAGCAACCUCUGUACGACUUUCCUGUCUGACUGUGUCAGGGGCUCACCUUGUUAGUGGUGUAAUGACCUCCAAUGUUGCCUCUGCUUUGCUCAGCUUGUAUGGGAUAUGUCAUCCCCUUUGCCUUUGUGUCUUUGAAGGGAGGAA